AACUAUUAUCGUUUUUUCACUAAGAGAAGAGUGGGUUGUAAAUAGUGUCGAUCCGAGAGAUAGCUUUAAUUGCCUGUCCUGUCUCGACCGUCUCGACGGCUCUAGACUUAGUAAACAGUGGUCAACAGUAUGUACCGUAUGUACUGAUCGCUAAUUGACAGAUGAUGCGGCAAUUACUAAGACCAGUCAGAAUGAUUGUAUAAGCUGACAACAUCCCCAUAAUUUUCAGAAACUCUUGUCCAACAGCAAUGAAGAGUGGAAUAGUUGUUUCGCGUAGAUGUAACACAAAUUGCCUCCGUUCUCCUUUGUUGGAUAACAUGUAUAUUCGUAAUAAAGACUCCACCCUCUUCGUCGGAUUGGUCCAGCACACCUACAUUUGCGCAAACGCAAGUACAGAAAAAUGCUUGUACCGCUUUUAUGCUACAGUAUUACAUUUGCAUAUACAAUGAGGAAAAUGAGAUGAAAGGCGGUUGUUUGUAGAAUAAUUUAUCAAUGUGUGGAGUGAUUUUCUUAAAACUACAUUGGCGACACUGUACUCGUAUAUUAACCCUUUAAGCAUCGUUAAACAUAGACAAUCAAAGAAUCAAUUAUACGUCAUAAGGACGUGCGUAAUAUUGUGUGUCGUGUGGAGUAAAGUGGUCAAUUUAAUCGGAACGUAAACAGAAUGGCGCAUUGGUUCCACAGGAACGUCUUCAAAGCCACAACACAGGUUAAUUUUGAAAUAGGGAUGGUAGCCUCAGAUCAAAAUGCGAUUAAAAUAUGCAGUGACUUGAAGGCAUGUAGACGGAGAUUGCUUGAACUGCUUCCAGAUCCAAGUCAUUCACCAGAUGCUAUUGAGUCAGUGUUUAAUAUGUAUUUAUCCUUACUGCAUGGUUUUUUGGUGGUACCUGGUGAGAACACCCCAAGUAAGAUACGACAUAACAUUCUCUUCAAGUGGACUCAUUCGCUGCUAGGAAAUACACCUCAGCUUCAACAGGAUGCCAUGUAUGAAGUUGCUAGUAUGAGUUGCAAUGUAGCAUUUUGGUAUAUGAAACAUGCAUCUGUGAUUGCUUCAAAGGAUGAUAUAACGAUGGAAGAAGCAAAGGAAGUUCACAUGAGUCUGAGAAAAGCAGCUGGUAUUUUCAAACUAAUUGAGUGUGAUUUUAGUCCAAAAUUGACUGAGAGGCAGAUGGAAGCUGGAGAUUUGGACCCAAGGGUGAUAUCUGCCUAUCUUACACAGUGUACUGCAGAGGCUCAGGAAGUGACAGUGGCAAGGGCGAUGGAACUGAAGCACAACCCAAGCCUCAUAUCAGCGUUGGCCAAUGAGACGUUCAAGCUGUUUAGUGAUGCUGCAAAAACUUUGGAGUCCCUUGGUGAUGUGGCUUCACAGUGGAACAAAUAUCUACGCCUGAAGGCUGCUGUGUAUCAGGCAUAUGCAUACUGCUUUUGUGGGGAGAACUUGCUAGGUCAGGACCGGUGUGGUGAGGCAAUCCGUGCAUUACAAGAAAGCCAGGCCUGCUACAAAAGAUCAAUAGAACUGUGCAAGGAUUAUGCCAAAACCAAGGGACCAGCACGUAAAAUACAUCCAGAGAAUCAUAGCUUCUUCAAGAGACUAGCACCUAAAAUACAGAUAAUAUUAGACAAAUGUGAACGGGAGAAUGGAUUCAUAUAUCACCAGAAGAUUCCAGAUGACCCUCCCGAGUUAGAACUGAAGGCAACAUAUGGACUUGUCAGCCCAAAUGAAGUUCCUCUGCCCAGCCCAAGUCCACUCUGGACUCCAGUGUCCUAUGCUGCCUUUGAUACUCCAAAAACCAGUGCUAAGGAUCUAGCAAAUUCGAAAGCAGCAGCAAAGGUAGAGGGAGAUUUACCACCAGUCCCAGAAGUCACCCAGCCCCAAACAUCCAAGGAUCCCAAGACAAGCAGUGGCUGCAUUCUUCAGUAGUCGUGACUUUAAUUUCAACUUAGGAUGUCUGAAUAAAAAAAACUUUCUCGCUUGAUAGCCCCCCCCCAUGAUCCUGUACAGGUCUGGCCUGCUACCUGCUCGCCCAUCUCUACAGACUCUUCCCCUCUCUUCUCUAUUUAUUUCCCAUGUGGCCUACUCUCCCUCCUUUCUUAUUUUUAGCUGGGUGUUUUCGAUUGGUGGCUCAGUCUGCAGCCACGUGCUCACACUUCUUCCUUGCUUCUGGAUUUUUCUACCCUGAAGAUGCAGACAAUACAUUCCUACAAAACAUCAGUUCACACAAGAUCUACACAGGCCCACAUCCCAGAAGACGGCAUUCUUCAAGUGAAACCAGUUUCAUUUCUCUGUAGUCACUUGGAUGCUCAGUGCACAACAAGGAAGAGGGAAAUACAUAUUUUCUCUAUGGUACUGCUCUCCAGAGUGACUUUAUAUCGGUACUUCAUAUUCUUAUUCCUGAGGUCAUUACCAGUUACAAAUAUCAUAUGACCUCACAGCUCAGCCAGCCAGUUGUCAAAUCCAACAGUAGGAUGCAUUCCACCAGUUAGGAACACUGUUUUAAAGCAUGCAUUCAUGUGUGGCCUACUUUAACGUUGGUAUUACUACUGAGUUAAAAACCUUCUUAAACCUUUGUCACAAUUAAUAACACAGGUUUUCCAGACACUAUGUUGAUAUGUGCCAUUGCUGGGCCUGUAGUAAUUUGUAAAAGUAAAAAGUAAGGUUGUCCCUGUGCUUAACUAAUUAAGCACUAUUCCAUGAAGGCAUAUUUGGGAGUAGUAAUUUGUACAAGUGUUAUUUAUGUUGUUGCAUGACAUAUUGAGAAUAUUGUCAAUUAAUGGUCACGGUAUGAGCAGAAGAGGGCAGAAAAUAAUUUUCAUUUGGCAAAAAAGCAAAAGAGAGAUGUGAGAGUAUGUACCACUCCAGGAAGGCCCAGGGUUCAUUAUAUUGUCAUGCCCAUCCUGCAUGAAGUAUGGAAAACACUGUCAGAAAUGGGAACAGGAUGGUUUCCACCGCACUGUCAUGAGUAAAUGUGUCCAGUAAAACUAGCUGAAGAUAGAGCUAUCCCUGUAACAGGCCAUGGAGGCACAUAGGCUUGUGAGAUGUCAUGGCACGCAGACAGCAAUGACAUCAGCCUUACAUGCUGGCCACUUAAAUUCAUUCAUUCAUUCAUUUAUUUCAAAUUCAGUAAAUCCAAAACAUAGGUUGAAAUACAACCCUGGAUAUAGAACAUGUCAAUAAUAAUAUUAAAAUAAGUUCCAAACAUUGAAACAGUCAAGAUAAACAAUAAAAACGAUAUAAAAUAGUACACAGUGUAAUAACAAUUUCAUUAAAUACAAACAGAUUAAAACAAAGAAUUUAAAUUAUCAGUAACAUGAAUCUUCUAUAUACAAUUCCACCCAAAAUAUAUUAAGUACAAAAGAUUAUUAUGCGCUUUAGUUUCAAGAUAAAUAUAAGCAAUAAAUAUAACGCCUCACA